AUGAAUAAAUAUUUCUCCUUUACCAAAGUUCUUUCAUUUUCUUUAUUAAUAUGGAUAUAUCAGUAUUCCUAUGUGAAAAAUAUAUCUGGAAAAUCAUGGAUUAGGAAAACAAAUCUAAAUAAAACAAUAAAUUCAAGGGAAAGAAGAUUACUAUAUGGGGAAACAGAUAUAGAUUUCCAAAAGAGAUACACAUACUUAAAAGAGAAAGCAAUGAAAAUAGUAGAGGAAGAUGAAUAUAUUUUUGGAAAUAGAUUAAAUGCAUUAAUGCAAAAAAUAAGUCUGCCAGAAAAUUUUAAAAUAUCUUAUUUUGAUGAAAAAAUUCCCAAAUCAUCUAAUUCAUUUAUAAAUAAAAAUAAUCUUGAAAGUUCCUAUGAUUCAUUAAUAAAUGAUAGCGAUACUGAUACUGAAUAUAAAAGUAUAGAAAAACUGUUCCAAUUGAAAGAAUAUAAGACAACAGAAAAAAAUACAUCACCUUUAAAAAAAAAAAUUGUAAGGAAGGUAGAUUCAAUGAAUACAACAAAAGUAUUAAAACCAUUGGAAAUUGAAUAUGAAAGAUCAAGUAAAUCUAUUGGUGCAUUUAAAAAAAAAUUACAAAAUUUGAUUAAAAUUUAUAAACCACUUAUAUUAUCCAUUACUGCAUUAUUAUUUUUUGCAUUAUUAUCAUGGUAUUUUCAGGUAAGUACAUCUGCUUUGUCGCCAUUUAUAUUCAUAACAAUUCCAAUAUUUAUUUUAUCAUUAGUUCAUGUUGCCUAUAAAUUAAUGUAA